AUGGCCGGUGUCAAGAGCGCUUUGCCCUCGCACCUCAAGCCCGCCUCGGAGGGCGCCGACGACAAUGGCUUCGAGAGACGUCACCAUGGCAAGACUCGCAGCCACAUGGCGUUUGAGAACACCUCGACCAAUGUGGCCGCUGCCCAGAUGCGCAAUGCCCUAACCAACCUCGCCGAGACGGUCGAGGAUCCCCAGCAGAAGAAGCUGUUUGAGACGGAAAUGGACAACUUCUUCGCCCUCUUCCGCCGCUAUCUCAACGACAAGGCCAAGGGAAAUGCCGUCGACUGGGAACGCAUUGCGCCGCCGGCCCAGGGCCAGGUCGUCGACUACGAGGACCUCGCCAACUCGGAAUCCGUCAACUUCCUCAGCAAGCUCGCCGUCUUGAAGCUAAACGGUGGUCUGGGAACAUCCAUGGGCUGCGUCGGCCCCAAGUCCGUCAUCGAGGUUCGCGACGGCAUGUCAUUCCUCGACUUGUCGGUGCGGCAGAUUGAGUAUCUCAACCGAACCUACAACGUCAACGUCCCCUUUAUCCUCAUGAACUCGUUCAACACCAACGAUGACACGGCCGCCAUCAUCAAGAAAUACGAGGGUCACAACGUCGAUAUCCUCACCUUUAACCAGUCACGUUACCCCCGAAUAUACAAGGACUCGCUGCUGCCGGUGCCCAAGGACUUCAAGUCGUCCAUCAACGAGUGGUACCCGCCCGGGCACGGUGAUGUCUUCGAGUCGCUCUACAACUCGGGCAUUCUCGACAAGCUGCUCGAGCGCGGCAUCGACAUCAUCUUCCUGUCCAACGUUGACAACCUGGGCGCCGUCGUCGACCUGCGCAUCCUGCAGCACAUGAUGGAGACCAAGGCCGAGUACAUCAUGGAGCUGACCAACAAGACCAAGGCCGACGUCAAGGGCGGCACCAUCAUCGACUACGAGGGCUCGGUCCGCCUGCUGGAAAUUGCCCAGGUGCCCAAGGAGCAUGUCAACGAGUUCAAGUCGAUCAAGAAGUUCAGGUACUUCAACACCAACAACAUCUGGCUCAACCUCAAGGCUAUCAAGCGCGUCGUGGAGAAUGACGAACUGGAGAUGGAGAUCAUCCCCAACGGCAAGACGAUCCCCGGCGACAAGAAAGGCGAGUCGGACGUUUCCAUAAUUCAGCUCGAGACGGCUGUGGGUGCCGCCAUCCGGCAUUUCAACAACGCCCACGGCGUCAACGUGCCCCGCCGGCGCUUCCUGCCCGUCAAGACGUGCUCGGACCUGAUGCUGGUUAAAUCGGACCUGUACACGCUCAAGCACGGCCAGCUGCAGAUGAGCGCGGCCCGCUUCGGGGACGCCCCGCUCAUCAAGCUGGGCAGCGACUUCAAAAAGGUGUCCGACUUUCAGAAGCGCAUCCCGUCGAUCCCCAAGGUGCUGGAGCUGGAUCACCUGACCAUCACGGGGGCCGUCAACCUGGGCCGCGGCGUCACGCUCAAGGGCACCGUCAUCAUUGUCGCGACCGAGGGGAGCACCAUUGACAUCCCCCCCGGCUCGAUCCUGGAGAACGUGGUAGUCCAGGGCAGCUUGCGCCUGUUGGAGCACUAG